CUGAUGAACAACUCUGAAUGAUAUUGGUAUCAUAUAUCAGACCGCUUGAUUCACUCUUCAUUAUGCAUCACCCAGCUUCUCUUCUCAAAUCUAUCCAUGAAGACUCCUGGCCCUUUCCAAGAGUACAAAAUGGACGCCGAACAAAUUGAGAGUAUUCAAUCACAUCUGCUUGUAGGAAUGUUUUGCAGCGCCGUACUCUCCACUUUGCAACCGGACAUGAAGUUCUCCUCUGUCCAAUUCUACGACGACUUGUACAAGUUGCUUGCGAUCUGGAAUUGCUUUGGGACAGCAUAUUUGGUGAUCCGCUUAGUAGCUUACUUCCGAGGGCGACGGGAAGCCUGGUGGUAUGUUCCCAAAGUAAUAGUGGAGACUAUUCUUUGGAUACUGCCAGUCUUCUUCGUCGGAUUUGAAGGCGGUUUGCUGGCCAAGAAACACAUUCUGGGCACUGCAGGAGUGUUGAGUGUUGGAGGUAUUGGAGGAGGAAAAUAGGUAUGGCAGCCUUGAGGACAGCGUUUAGCUGCUCAAGUGUCCCAUCAUUUGCCUGGACAUUCCAACCUCUGCCUCAACCUCAACUUAUAUACCACUCGCCUACCCCUCCCUCUUCUACUUUUAUGG